AUGGCUCAACACAACGGCAGCACACAGCAACCCAGACCCCUUACCCCUCUACCCACACCCCUCUCACUCCUCUGCCAUGGCUCAGCAGCGGCACACAGUGGCGAUGGCGAUCAACACAGCAGCGACACCAACGGCGUUCAACACAGCGGCACACAGCGGCUCACCAAUCUCAGCCCAG